CUGACCCAAACUUGAGUGUUGACUGUAUCUUGGAUUUGAUGGACUCAUUGGUUCAUAAAUUGAUGUUUUGAUGAUCUGUUGAGUGAAUCGAGACAUCUUCAGAUGGCAUUUGAUCUGAGAAUAGCUGUGGUUUGCAGUAGUAAUCAGAACCGGUCUAUGGAGGCACACGCGGUGCUCAGUAAAAAGGGGUUUAAAGUGCGGUCUUUCGGCUCAGGCAAUCAGGUGAAGCUGCCCGGACCCGCUCAGGACAAACCCAAUGUCUAUGACUUCGGCACUACUUAUGAGGAGAUGUACAAAGACCUG